AUUUGCCCGUAACACCAGUUGGAUCCAUGUGAAGUAAACAUUUGCUUAAACAUCCACCAUUCUUUCCUAGUAAUAUUGUUUUUCUUAAAGUGUUGAGUGCCAUAUUGAACGCUUUUGGUAAUCUACAUUGAGUCGAGCCAUAUGUUGUUAACUAUUGGUAACCUUUGUUUCUGAAAAAGUUACAACCGAAUCGGUGGAUUGUCAGGACGUAGUAGCUUCCGAGGCUCAUCUCCCAUGCUUCAUUCCCGCUGACAGAUGUGUAAUGUUCACAGAUGUAAUUAAGAAGCAUUAGUCCUGAAGGAUGGCAUUGAAACGUCUGUAUAUCGGUGGCCUGAGUCACACUAUAUCCCAGAAGGAUCUGAAGGACAGAUUUGGAAAAUUUGGAGAUGUGCAAGAUGUGGAACUCUUGACAAGAAAGGAUGACGAUGGAGUCCCCUACAAGACAUUUGGAUACAUCAAUAUAAAAAUCUCUGAUGCUGAAUAUAAGAGAUGUGUGACAGUGUUGAACAAGUCGAAAUGGAAAGGUGGGACACUGCAGAUUGAAGUGGCCAAAGAAAGUUUUUUACACAGACUAGCCCAAGAGCGCCAACAAGCUGCAGAGAAGCCAGAUGCACCAAAGAAGGACCAGAAAGAGAAUUUGGUGGAGUCCUUGAAGAAGGCUGGAGUGGAGAACUAUCAUAUGAAUGCAGCUGUCCCAGGAACAGAGGUCCCUGGCCACAAGGAUUGGAUCGUCAGCAAAUUUGGACGAGUCCUUCCAAUUUUACAUAUCAAAUGUCAAGGCAAGAAAAAUAUUAUUAAGUAUGAUCCAUCAAAGCACAGCCACAACAUCAAGAAGCUGAAUAAUUCAGCUGACACUCUGAGCCUCACGCCAGUGUCUCAGCUAAGCUGGGAAAUACUGGAGGCCAAUGAUGAAAUCAGCAAGAAGAGAAGAGGAGAGUUUCCACCACAGAAAGCCCUCUCAACUAAAAUUCAAAAUGAUUUGCCAAGCAAAUUAACAGCAAACUCUCAUUCUGAUGUUGACAUGAAUGGUGAAAAUCAAAAAUCCACUGGGUACUUAGAUAAGGGGAAAAAAUGCACUGGAGAAAAUGGACAAACUACACUUAAACAGAAACCAGCUCCAAGGAAGCCUCCACUCCCCAGUGUGCGCAUAUUUGACGGUGAGGAUGGAUCUGACGAAGAAAUAAGGUUGCUGGUCUCACAGCAUCAUUCACAAGAUGGCCUGGCAGGGGAUGAUGAUGAUGAUAAAUUAGAGGUGGUUGGAGACGAUUACAUGCCGAUGCCCAAACGAUCCUGCCCACUACAGAAAACCAAACCUAACCAUCAACGUUCUGAGGAGGAAUAUGACUCGGCAGACACUGAUGAAAUCCUCACCUGCAGGAAAACAGCUACAGGUCCCGAACAGGACAAGUCUGAGUCAUCUUGGAAAAGUGCUCCAAGACCAGUGAACGAUUCUGAAAAACACACGGCUGAAGGAAAAACGUCUUGUAAGAAAGCCCUCUCUAAAGUGAAACCACAUCUCUCAGAGUUAGAAUGUGGUGAUGGUGAUGAUGAGGGUGACGAUGAAGAAUCUGAAGAAAGCGGGGAUUCUGAUUAUGAGGCUAUGUUUACUGACUGUCACAGAUUAGAGAUUUCACUAGAAGAUUUGGAGCAGCUUGCAAAAGAGUCCUCAAACAGAAUAGAUGAGGACAGUGAACGGGACUCUGAUGAACAAGCUGGACCCAGUCAAGUCUCUGAGGUUUUCCCGGUACAGAACACCAUUGCAUGCAAAUUACCAGUGACUAAAAAAGGGACGACACCAGAGGAGAUUCUAGCAUCCAUAUUAGGAGAGGACAGUAGUGAUGAGGACACAAAGAAGAAGAAGAAGAAGAAAAAGAAAAAGAGGAACUCUUCGAUGCCUCUUCCUGCCUUCCAGGGGACAAAGCAUCUCAUAGGGAAUUUACAAGGUCCAGAAGAAAAUAGUUGUCUGAAGCGUCCACUUGACGACAAUAGCAAGACCGACGUGUCAUCCAAAAAACAGAAGCUCGAAACUGUCAUGGAUCCAAGCAAGGUUACCGUGGUGAAAUCCUCUGUCACAGAAACACAAACGAUCUCGAGCGGUGGCAGCUCCUCCAGCGAGCUGUCGGGGAGUAGUGGAGAAGAGGACACCUCGGAAGAAGAAGGUGGAGGGUCUGUUAGGGACUCAGAGACUCUAUUAGCUAAGCAGGCGCAAGAGACAGCGGACCUGUCAAGGGGGCCACAGAGGGUCAUUGUCCCAGAGAAGCAGCAGCAGGACAACCAGAAGCGCCUGGCUGCUAUGGAGCAGAGGCAGAAAGAGGCAGAGCAGCAGAAGAAACUCAUCCAAGGAGCUCUGGCUAAAGUGGAUACACCAACAGUAGAUAAGAGCAAACAUAUUGUUUUUGGCUCUGACGAUGAAAGUGAUGAAGCUGAACUGAGUGCAUCAAACGUUCCAACACCUAAGAAGAAGCUGUUUCAGAACAACCCGUCUAGUGAGGAGGAUUCCAAUAAGGAGGAACUGCCUUCCAGCAAGAAAGCAUCUGAACAAGAAAAGAAAAAUGCCAGUAAACUAUUUGGUAGCAGUGAGGAUGAAGAUGAAAAUGAGGACAGUGAGAUGUUCCAGAUCAAACCCCAGUUUGAAGGCAAAUCUGGCCAGAAGCUCAUGCACCUGCAGUCGAGGUUUGGAACAGAUGAGCGGUUUCACAUGGAUUCAAGGUUCCUUGAGAGUGAUAAUGAAUCAGAGGCACCAGAGAAUAAAUCCACUCCGAAUGAGUGUGAACUAGACGAGGAAAAGAAAAAGAAUCUGGAUAUCUUACAAAACCUGCUCAAAAUGAACACCCUGACCACCAGCAGCAGCAAAGUUCCUGCCAAGGGCAUGACGUUCAGAGAUAUUUCAACAUUGCAAUAUGAUCCCACACGUGAGGACCAUGCAGCCUUUGAAACAAAGACUGAGCAGAAGGAAAGUAAGGCUGCGAGACGUAAGAAACGGGAGGAGGCAGAGAAGAUUCCGGAGGUGUCCAAGGAGAUCUACUAUGAUGUUGCGGAAGACCUCAAAACUGUUUUCGGAACCACAAAGCAAAGUGAAAAUGUGGAGAAGGAAAUUGCUUGGGACAAAGAGGAGGAGGGAGGGGAGGCGGAGGAGGGAGGAGAGGCGGAGGAGGGAGGAGUGCCGAGUCAGACAGCGGAAGCAGACACAUCCCUGCUGGAAUCUUGUCUCUCAUCUAAUGCUGAGAAAGAGGAAUCGUCUGGCUUCAAAUUCUCCUUCUUUGGCGACAACACAGAGGCAGAUAACGCCACUGAGAAAGAGGAGUACAAGGUGGAAACUCUGAGGGCAGCGAAGGUAUCAUGGCAGGCGGACCCUCGCUUCCAGGACAGCAGCUCGGAGGAGGAGGAGGAGGUUGCUGACGAGGACCAGACCACUGCUGCUGAAGCCCCAAGGGAAGAAGUAACCACAAAGAAGAAGUUUUUCUUCUUCCACACAGAUGAUGAGCGAUUGAUAGAGGGUCCCAAAGCAUUUUGUAGAACCACCAAGCUUGAGGAUCAGAGGGAAAAGUGGGAGGAGAAUAGGGCAUCUCUUGUAGAGGAGUAUCGCAAAAAGCAUAAGGAUGCCAGAAGAAAACUUAAAGCCUCUCAAAGGACAACAUCAAUAUGACAAGGUCUUGAAAAUCAUGAGUCCCCAUACAGUUCUGUCUCUUCCAUUCUUAUCCACCAGGGGGCAGAAGUAGGGCAGCAUUUCCUCGGACUCACGUGGUCUUGUUUACUCGGUUUUCCUCCCUUCACCUGCAUGGUUUUGCAUACAGUUUGAAAUAACUUUCAUAAAUAAUUAAUAUGAUGCAUUUUUAUUUGCUUUGAUGAAAAGCAUUGUAAUACCAUUUUGCAUAAACUAAGAUACAAUAUAAUAAAUGUUUUGAUUCAGCUA